AUGUUAGAACAGCUUUUAAUCUUCACACGAGGAGGAUUAAUCCUCUGGACAUGCAAAGAGAUCGGAAACGCUCUCAAAGGAUCACCGAUCGACGCCUUGAUCCGAUCAUGCCUCCUUGAGGAACGAUCCGGCGACGUUUCGUUUAACCACGAGGCCUACACUCUCAAGUGGACGUUCCACAAUGAUCUCGGACUCGUCUUCGUCGCUGUUUAUCAGCGGAUUCUCAACUUGCUCUACGUGGAUGAUCUGCUCUCCAUGGUGAAGGAAAGCUUCUCUGAGAUCUACGAUCCUAAACGAGUGACGUAUGAUGAUUUCGGCGAGACGUUUAGGCAGCUGAGGAAGGAAGCUGAAGCUCGUGCUGAGGAGUUGAAGAAGACGAAACAAAUUGGAAAGCCUGUGAGCAGUGUUAAGAAGCAAGGGCAGGUCACAAAGACUGGUCUUGAAGGUGGAAACAGAAAGAUCAGCGAGAAUGGCUCGAAGAAAGAUGAUGGAGAUGGUAACAAAGCGAAAGUCGGUGGCUUGACUAAUGGUCAUUCCAAUGGUAAUCAUAAGAUGGAAGAUGAUGAUGAUUCUCAGGAGGGUGAUCUCGCUAACGGUAAAGAAAACACGACUGAUAACGUUGGAGUUGAUUUAAGCAAACUUCAGAAACUAAGGAGUAAAGGAGUUAGAGGUAGAGGAGGAGGUGUAAGGAAAGCUGACAGUAUAGGUAAUAAUAAGGUUUCCAAGGUAGCUGCUGUGGAACCAGCCAAGAAGGCGACGAAGAAGAAUAGGGUUUGGGAUGAUGCGGCUCCUAAGCAAGCGAAACUGGACUUUACGGACUCCGUCGGUGAAAACGGGGACAAUGAUCAUGUAGAUAUUGUGGCUGCUGACCAAGGAGAAAGUAUGAUGGACAAGGAGGAGAUUUUAAGCAGUGAUAGCGAGAGUGAAGAUGAUGAUGAACUACAGAGUGAUGAGAAGCCUGAGGCUAAAAAGAAAGGCUGGUUCUCUUCCGUCUUCCAGAGUAUUACUGGGAAGGCGAAUCUUGAAAGGACUGACCUUGAACCGGCUUUGAAAGCUCUGAAGGAACGGCUCAUGACCAAGAAUGUGGCUGAAGAGAUAGCUGGGAAGCUUUGUGAAUCAGUUGAAGCGAGUCUUGAAGGAAAGAAGCUGGCAUCGUUCACAAGGAUCUCUUCAACCGUUCAGGGAGCAAUGGAGGAUGCUCUGGUUCGUAUAUUGACUCCGAGACGCUCCAUUGACAUAAUGAGAGACGUUCAUGCUGCCAAAGACCAGAGGAGACCUUACGUGGUCGUGUUUGUUGGAGUCAAUGGAGUUGGGAAAUCCACCAAUCUGGCCAAAGUGGCGUAUUGGCUUCAGCAGCAUAAGGUCAGUGUGAUGAUGGCUGCUUGUGACACAUUCCGUUCUGGAGCUGUUGAGCAGUUAAGGACUCAUGCUCGUAGGUUACAGAUACCGAUAUUUGAAAAGGGCUAUGAGAAGGAUCCAGCAGUGGUUGCUAAAGAAGCCAUACAAGAAGCAACUCGAAAUGGAUCCGAUGUUGUUCUUGUUGACACAGCUGGUCGUAUGCAGGACAAUGAACCUUUGAUGAGAGCUCUGUCAAAGCUCAUUAACCUCAAUAGCCCGGACUUGGUCUUGUUCGUUGGUGAAGCUCUAGUUGGAAACGAUGCAGUGGACCAGCUCUCAAAGUUUAAUCAGAAACUUUCGGAUCUCUCCACUUCUGGGAACACAAGAUUGAUUGAUGGAAUUUUACUGACAAAGUUUGAUACCAUUGACGACAAGGUUGGAGCAGCGUUGUCUAUGGUUUACAUAUCGGGAGCACCGGUUAUGUUCGUGGGUUGUGGCCAGUCUUACACUGACCUGAAGAAGCUCAAUGUCAAAGCCAUAGUCAAGACACUUCUCAAGUGA